AUUGCUGAGACGACCUCGACCUUGACGCAGACGGACCUGAGGGAGGGCGUAACUCAGACUGAACCAUACACACCUGAGUACUACGUGCCGAAGGGAACAACUUCUGAACUGCUCAGUAUCGCCAUGUUAUCAUACGGGUGUGGUUUGCCAGCGGGAUUGGCAGAAGUUGAAAUGAUUGAAAGGAUGAGAACAAAGAGGAUCUGGGAGUUGGAGCAGAUGCAGUUGAGUGAGAAGUGCCAGGUUGAGAAGCGAAUGAAGAAGAUGGAGGAGCAACAUGCACUGGAGUGGAGCGUCAGAGAUGCUGAGAUACAGAGGAUCUUGGACCUUCGGUUGAAGGUGACGAUGAAGAUGUUGAGGCUGAGGGAGGGGCAGACUGAUGAGAUAAACAGGCAACGAUUGGAAGAUCUAUGGAACAGAAAGGAAGAAGAGGCCCACAAGAAACUGGCCAAGUUAAAGUUUAACAACCUAAGAGCCUUGAGGAAGAUAUCCGGAAAGGAAUGUUUGGUUGAGAGAAAGAUUUUGCGAAGAGAUGUCGUUAAGGAUUACACAGACUUCGGGUCGCAGGCCUUUGCACCGCUGACUCGCAUCGGAGUGUUUCUGGACAUGAAUGCUGCCAAGUAUGAAUUCGAUUCCUAUCUUCUCAGUUCUCUACAAGGGGUGACGGAGCUGGAGGACACGUUGAAUCGCAAGCAGUACAACUGCAACAUUCGCAUCCGUCCCAAGUCGCCCAACGACAAGAUAGCCGUCCAGAGGAGAAGAAGAAGGAGAGAAAAAGAGUUGGAAAGGAUCUACGAUUCCAUACAGAAAGAGAAGGAACUACUAAGCAAAUCACCAAAGCCUCUCAAAUUUUUGCAAAAAAUUGAGAAACCCGCCGUUCGCCCACCCACACCAACCGCUUCCUUUGAAUCCGAGGUUCAAGACAAUAAAAAGCUGGCCAUCACAUUCCUGCAGCAGAUGAUUAGAGGCAGGCACUCGCAAGCCACCAUGCUUCAGGGCAAGGAAGAAAGAAUGGAAUUGAUAAAAGAGUUGAGAAGCACACACGCACUUUUGCAAAGUGAGCAGAGUUUCAUUGAGGCGCAUAAGCAGAAGACGUUGGAGGAACAAGACUUGAGGGCUCGUUUAGUUACGAGGGAUGACGUUGUAGACAGUCUCAUCAGCGAAUUGGAGGGUGAAACGCUUUCUGAUUGUCUGGACUUCCUGACGAAAGAACUGGACAGACUGAAAGAAGAGCGAAGGAUAGAAGCUUUCGUUAUGUUAGCCGAGAGGAACAGAAGGAUAAGGGAAGCUGAAGAAUCAGGAAUGCGACAGAUCGAAGAGCGAAGGCGAAGAGAAGCCGAUGAAGCAUUCAAACAGAUUGUGAAGGUGCACCAGGACACGGUGGACAGUUACUUGGAGGACAUCAUACUUAAGACCAUCGAUAGCAACGCCGAUAUGCAAGCGAGGAAGCUCGUACAACAAACUGCAAUUAUGAUUGAUGAAGCUGCUAACAAAGCUGAAAACAGUCGUUCCACAAUGGACUCAGAGGAGAUCGUGGCUCAGUUGGUCUUGGGUUUUCUCAUUCCAGAAGUGUUCAAGCAGGAUCACAACAAUAAAAGUCGGUCGUCA